AUGGAGAUGGAGGCGCCUCGGAUGGUCGCGUCUCAGGAACCAGAACCAGCCACAACAAACACCAAUCCCGCUGGCAAUAUGCGCCCUGUCGACACUCGGCCAGGUGAAAACAUGAAUACUGCUGGCGCUGGCGAGAUGCUAGCUGUGCCUGAGGCUAGCUCCGUCGAAGUCCUCUGUGGCCCGCUGCUGAACUACAAGCAUAUGUGCGCCGAUGCGAAUUCUCGUCAGAUAUGGAACGGAAGUGUUUUGAUAGUGACACGUCCGCGCGACCAGCCGCCAGUGCUGCAGCUUCAGUGCCUGGGAGCUGUCUCGAACGUUCAAGGGCCAACCGCCGGUGCUGGCAAUGUCCAGCCCACGGUCGAGGGCGUGAAGCUGUUCUCCAACCCAAUAUCUGCGUUCUGGCGGUUCCGCGUUGCUGUGGCCCUGGAGAACUACGAGGCUCGAUGGCAGUAUACCAUUCCUGGCUUCCGUCAUGUCGAUGAGAAGCAUACCAUGUCCUCGUGGAACUUCAUCGUUCCGUCCGUGGACGAUUCGAUGCGUAUCAUGUUCCACUCCUGCAACGGUUUCUCUGUCGGCACCGACCUUGGCCAUUGGCAAGGUCCUCUUCUCUGGCAUGAUGUCCUUCGACUGCAUGCGCAGAAGCCUUUCCAUGUGAUGAUUGGAGGUGGCGACCAGAUAUACAACGAUUCCGUCCGAACUGACGGUCCGCUCAAGGAUUGGACCGACAUCUCCAACCCUCACAAAAGACGUGCGCAUCCGUUCCCAAACACCCUGAGGGCACAGUGCGAUGAGUUCUACUUCAACAACUAUGUAAAGUGGUACGGGACGGAACCGUUUGCAACCGCUAAUGCUCAGAUCCCCCAGAUCAAUAUCUGGGACGACCACGAUAUCAUUGACGGAUUUGGCUCCUACACCGACCACUUUAUGAAAUGCGCCGUGUUCCGCGGACUUGGAGGCGUCGCCUUCAAGUAUUACUGUCUGUUCCAGCAUCACAAUGCACCUCCAAUGUCGACCUUCACGACGGAUGCUCCUCAGACUAUGCAGGCAACAAACGGGACUGCGGGUAUUGACCAGCGUCAGCUCGAAGGCUGCUACGUCUACAAGGAACCUCAGGAUGAACACAGCUGGAUAGUUGGUGCUAAGCCUGGCCCAUAUGUCGAGGAAAUCAGUAGGAAUCUUUAUAUGCGCCUUGGGAAGCGCAUUGCCUUUGCGGGGAUUGAUGCGCGCACUGAGCGAACUCGACACCAGGUCAACUACCCCGAGACGUACGAUGCCAUCUUCUCCCGCCUGGACAGGGAGUUUGCUGCCGCCAAUGGGGAGAUAAAACACUUGAUUCUCCUACUCGGUGUCCCAAUUGCCUACCCUCGCCUUGCCUGGCUGGAAAACAUUCUUUCAUCCCCUCUCAUCUCCCCCAUUCGCUUGCUAAACAAGCGGUUUGGCUGGGGAGGAGGCUUCUUCAAUAAAUUUGACGGCCAGGUAGAUCUCCUCGAUGACCUCGAUGACCACUACACUGCGAGACAGCACAAGGCAGAGAGAAGGCAGUUGAUUCAGCGCCUACAACAGCUUUCCGAGCGCUAUUCAGUUCGUGUGACCAUUCUCGGUGGUGACGUCCACCUGGCGGCUGUUGGCCGAUUCUAUUCCAGAGUCAAGGAUCAUGUCCCCAUCGACAGCGAUCCCAAGUACAUGGUCAACAUCAUCAGCAGUGCCAUCACCAACAAACCUCCCCCAAAAGCUGUCGCCAACCUUCUUGCUAGCAGGAACAAAAUCCAUCACCUCGAUCACAAUACGGACGAAACUCUGAUGAAGAUUUUCAACGACCAACCCGGUGGCAAGGAUAAGUCCUCUAGCGCUAAUAAAGUGACGAUGCCGUCUCGAAACUACGCUUGCAUCACCGAGGUGAUCGCGCCAGAAAACCCUUCUAACGAACAGGCAGAGCUCUCCAAGGCGCCAAGGGAUGGACACGAUCCCCUCCACCCAGGGGAACAGGAUGCUGGAACAAAGUACCGCUCUGCAGAUGGUGUGAGCAAUGUGACAGGCAAGGCUGGAGGGCUGGAUGUAGCCAUCCGUGUUGAAAUUGACCCGGCUGAUAUCGAAGGAAAGACGGAAGGAUACGGAUUCAGUGUACCGCCCCUAGCCCCCGCAGCUCGUCCGGAGUAG